AUGUGUAGAUUCCUUGUUGAUUCUAGAGCGACUCAUUCUUAUGUUUCUAUGAAUGUGAUUGAUAAAUUGAGUAUGCCUUAUAAACUGUUUGAGCAUAACUUUGGUACAAUGUUGCCAUCGGGGGAUAUGAUGUUGCCAAAUAAGUGGUUAGCGUCAACGCCUGUAAUAGUAGAGGACAGGGAGUGCCCAGCAGACCUUAUAGAACUUAGUAUACCAAAUUAUGAUGUCAUACUUGGCAUGGAUUGGUUAUCCAAACAUGGGGCUACAAUAUAUUAUCGAAAGAAGACUGUAGGGUUCAGGCCAAAAGAAGAAGAGGUCAUUCCUUUAGAGGAGAAGUACCAGUUUUUGGACACCCGUAAUAUCUACACUGGAAGCACGGAAUAUGAUGCAACAUGGUUGUUCGGCGUUCCUGGCUAG